AUGGGCCCAAAUGAAGAACAUCUGAAUGAGGGGAUCAUCCAUUUACUUCUCCAUUUCCAGUGGAAGUGGGUCGGGCUUUUAGCUGUGGAUGAUGACAGUGGAGAACAUUUCUUAAAGGUCCUGGAGACACUGCUUUCCCAAAAUGGAAUUUGUUUGGCUUUGAUAAAGAAAAUUCCAAGCAAAUACAACUGGAAUGACAUGGAUUUUCUCACUGAUUCAAUUUUAAAUAUAUAUUUACCUUUCAGAAACAGCAAAGCCAAUACAUUUAUCUUGUAUGGAGAUUCGAGGACACUUAUAGCAACCACUCUUAUAUUCUUAGGCAAUCCCGGCUACAAGGAAGAUGCAUCAUUGAGAAAAGUGUGGAUUAUGACUCCUGAAAUUAGUUUUGCACUUAUGAGCCUUCAGAGAGGCUGGGAUUUCCAGUUCUUCCAUGGGACCAUUUCCUUCUCAAUUCCCACAAAUGAGCCUCAGGGCUUCCAAAACUUUCUUCAAGGCAUAGAACCUCACCAGGAACAAGCAAACGGCUUUCUCAAGGACUUCUGGGAGCAAGCAUUUGACUGUUUCUACGCAAAUCCCCAGAAUCCAGUGGACAUCAGUGAAAUCUGUACUGGGGAGGAGAGACUGGAGAGUCUUCCUGGGUCAUUGUUUGAAAUGUGCAUGACUGGCCACAGCUACAGCAUCUACAAUGCAGUCUAUGCCGUAGCAUAUGCUAUUCAUACCCUGUACUCAUCAAGAGGCCAUCACAGGGUGAUGUAUGGUGGUCAAAGAAUAGAACUUCAAGAUGUCCAGCCAUGGCAGGUUCACAUUUUUCUACAAGCCAUUGUAUUUAACAACUCAGCUGGAGAAAGAUUGUCUUUUAAUGAUAAAAUGGAAAUGGGCAGUGGCUUUGAUAUAAUGAACCUGGUCACAUUCCCAAAUGAGUCCUUCCAUAGGAUGAAAAUUGGAAGGGUUAACCCCAAUGUUCCUGUAGGACAAGAGUUUACCAUUCAUGAGAAUAUGGUUGUGUGGCAAACCACCUUCAACCAGGUGGCACCUCUCUCUGUGUGUAAUGAUCCCUGCAACCCCGGCUAUCAUAAGAAGAAGAAGGAAGGGGAGACAUUUUGCUGCUACGAUUGUGCUCCUUGCCCAGCAGGGAAGAUUUCAAACCAGAAGGACAUGGAUGAUUGUAUAAAAUGCCCAAGAGAUCAAUAUCCAACCAAGGACCAAGAUAGAUGCAUUCCCAAGAGAAUGAGCUUCCUGUCUUUUGAAGAAGCUUUAGGAAUUAGUUUGGCUUCCAUAGCUGUUUCUUUAGCUGUGAUCACAAGCAUGGUGUUAGGAACAUUCAUUAAACACAAAGACACCCCCAUCGUCAAAGCCAACAACCGAGACAUCACCUACAUCCUUCUCAUUGCUCUCCUGCUCUGCUUCCUCUCGUCUUUGCUAUUCCUUGGCCAACCAACAGAGGUGACCUGCUUCCUCCGACAAUCAGCUUUCAGCAUCAUCUUCUCAGUGGCUGUUUCUUGUGUGUUGGCCAAAACCAUUACUGUGGUUGUAGCUUUUAUGGCCACUAAACCAGGGUCCAGCAUGAGGAAGUGGGUGGGGAAAAGACUGACUAACUUUAUUGUUCUUUCUUGCUCCCUCAUUCAAGCAGGCAUUUGUGUGGUGUGGCUGGCAACCUCACCACCAUCCCCAGAUUAUGACACACAAUCAUUGUCUGAGGAGAUCAUAGUAGAAUGUAAUGAGGGGUCUGUCUUAAUGUUCUACAUUGGCCUGGGUUACAUGGGACUUCUAUCCAUCAUCAGCUUGACUGUAGCUUUCCUAGCCAGGCAUUUGCCUGACAGUUUUAAUGAAGCCAAGUUCAUCACCUUCAGCAUGCUGAUCUUUUGCAGUGUUUGGGUAUCUUUUGUUCCAACCUACCUGAGUACCAAAGGGAAAUACAUGGUAGCCGUGGAGAUUUUUUCUAUCUUGGUUUCCAGUGCUGGGUUACUUGGCUGUAUCUUUUCCCCUAAAUGCUAUAUUAUUUUGUUGAGACCUGAGCUGAACACAAAGGAGGAACUAAUCAGGAGAAAAAAAUAA